AUGAGCUGCAUGAACAACUUCCAGAGGGUCCUGUACGCUUCGCGCUUCAUGCGGGUGUUCGGGAAAUUCAAGCGGGCACAGCUUAGAGAAAAGCCGCAUAGAAAAAUAGGCCCCUUCAGUAACCCUGUGAAAAGAUUAGUAAGGUUGAAGGAGAAGGAAAGGCUGUUUUGCGAAUUGGGGACGCCCCGAAUGAUUCCAAGAGCCAAAGGAGGCGGAAGGGAAAAAAUCCUAGAAGUAAUAAAAGCACCCAAGGUUAGUAAAGAAGUCCUAGAUAGACGACUAGAAUUCUUACUCUCCAAUGAAAGUGUAUACCAGCAAAUGUACAACAAAAUGUAUAAUGGGAUUACUCCUUACCAGUGUGAGUUGUUCAUGUGGGAAAGACAAAUGAGAGACCUGAGGAAGAUUUAUAGGGCACAGUAUUUGCACAAAUUAAGUGAAGUCACGAAGGAAGAAAGAGAGAAACAAAUAAAGUUGAUUUUACAAACGAGGGAAGAUAAAAGAAGACGUAGAGAAUUAAUAAGGGAAAGAGUACUGCAAGACAAGAAAAGAAAGGCCAUCUUGAAGGAUCGUUUAUCUUUGGAAAAAAAAGUCACACAAUCUAUCCUAUUUAAAAGGCAGUCAAAUAGAAAAAUGAAUAAUAUUUAUUGGCUAGCUAAACUGCAAAGGAAGAGUGAAUACGUGGAUGCCGAUGAUUUUAAGGAAAAAAUGGAGAGAAGUGGUGCAGGCGAUACAGGGGGGGGAAGUACUACACGGGGAGAAUACAACACUCGUGGCAAACACGCUGGAAGUACCAUUCGAAUGGGAACCGCAGAUGAAGACACCCUUUUCAAUCGUAACAUCUCUACAAGUGCUUUGUACAAAGAUUUAGGAUACGAAACAAGAGACGAAAAAAGUGAAAAUACAAAAAUUUUUAAAGUGGAUAAGGUAUACAGAAAAUUACUAGAAGAGUCAUUCGAGUUCUUAGACGAAGAUGAAGAAAAAUAUGUACCCGUGAAUCACGUAGAAAAUGAGGAAAAUGUAACCCAUAAAGAAAGAGCGCAUAUUUUAUACUCCUCCUUUACCGACGAGGAAAAGAUCAAACUGUUGGACGAUAAAAUUGCAAUACUUACGAAAAAAAUUGAAGAACAAUCGUACGCCAAAGGUCUGGACAACAACAACAUUAUGUUUUACAUUCAGCUGCGGGAUAAGUUGGAGGCGUCCAAACAGGCCUUCUUAGAAACGAACUACUUGAAAAAGGUGAUAAAAGAGGAAUAG